GAAAACACCACAAGCUCGCAAUGCACCACCGUACGGAGCAACGCAAAUUCUCCAAUUUUGUCACCAAGUUCCUUGUCCUCUGUUUUGCCUUUGCCCUCGGCGUUGUCUCUAGCACAUUCUUUAGAGCCUUUUCGGGCUCCUCCCCAACAAUCCAGCUCUCAUUUCUAUCACUAAACUCUCUGCCGCCGCCGCCGCCGCCGCCGUCGUUGGUGCUGCUAUCACCGCCUCCUCCUCUUCCGCCGCCGCCGCCGAAUGACGACGAGCAUGUGGGACUAAAACGAUACGUUGCAGCCACAAAUGCCAUGCAUGACAUGACCGAAGAGGAGUUGCUUUGGAGGGCAUCGAUGGUUCCGAAGAUCGCCAACAAGCCGUUCCACCAGGUGCCGAAGAUUGCGUUUCUGUACCUUACGAGGGGCGAUCUUCCGUUGGCUCCGUUGUGGGAAAAAUUCUUCGAGGGUCACGAGGGCUUCUACUCUAUCUACAUCCACCCUGAUCCUUCCUACAAGGGCUCGCUAUCCGAGGGCUCUGUUUUCUACGGUCGAAGAAUUCCGAGCAAGGAAGUGAGAUGGGGGCAAAGAAACAUUGUCGAAGGUGAGCGACGGCUUAUAGCGAAUGCGCUGCUGGAUUUCUCGAACCAGCGCUUUGUCCUCCUCUCCGAAUCGUGCAUCCCUCUCUACAACUUCUCCACAAUAUACUCUCACCUCAUAAACUCAAGCACGAGCUACGUCGACUUCUUUGAUGACCCCGGCCCGGGCUGCCGUGGCCGAUACAACCCAAAAAUGGCCCCUCAAAUAAGAGCCGAGCAGUGGAGAAAGGGCUCCCAAUGGUUCGAGAUCGACCGCAGCGUCGCGCUCGAGAUAGUCUCCGACGAGAAGUACUUCCCACUCUUUCAGAAAUACUGCAUAGUUACGUGGUCGCCGCCAUGCAUAAUGGAUGAGCACUACAUACCUACAUUCCUCAGUGUGAAGUCAUGGAGGAGCAAUGCAAAUAGGAGCAUAACUUACACUGACUGGUCGAGGGGACAGCCGCAUCCAGCAAGUUUCGGCGGUGGAGAGGUUUCUGAGGAGCUAUUUGAGAAGAUAAGAUACGGGACUAAUUGCACUGAUGAUGGUGAAAAAGCAAGAGUUUGCUUCCUCUUUGCUAGGAAGUUCCUGCCCAACUCAUUGGAUCAAUUAUUGAAACUUGCUCCAAAAGUAUUAGGCUUUGGCUGAUUUUUCCGACAAACAAUUAAUAGGUUAAAUGUAUGGAAAUUAA